AAGAAGAGUGCAGAUACACCAACGAGCUAGCAUCGGAUGGUCGUGCAUAAAGAGAAAAUCAUGCCGAUAGUUUGCCGUUUUUAAAUCAAAUAACGUUAUUUUUUAUGUUUAGACACUUGCAGUUUGUAGCGUUGGUACUUUACAGCCAUGUCCACGGAAGGAACAGCCGACCAGGCGGCGGCAGAGUAUGUCCCAGAGAAGGUGAAGAAGGCAGAGAAGAAGUUGGAGGAAAACCCAUAUGACCUUGACGCAUGGAGCAUUCUGAUUCGAGAAGCACAGAAUCAGCCAAUAGACAAGGCUAGGAAGACAUACGAACGGCUUGUUGCGCAGUUCCCAAGUUCCGGACGAUUCUGGAAAUUAUACAUUGAAGCUGAGGUCAAGGCUAAAAACUAUGACAAGGUAGAAAAGCUGUUUCAAAGAUGCCUGAUGAAGGUGCUGCACAUAGACCUCUGGAAAUGCUACCUCUCUUACGUCCGGGAGACCAAAGGAAAGCUGCCCAGCUACAAGGAGAAGAUGGCCCAGGCGUACGACUUCGCUCUCGAUAAGAUCGGCAUGGAGAUCAUGUCCUACCAGAUAUGGGUGGACUACAUCAACUUCCUCAAAGGAGUGGAGGCUGUGGGCUCGUACGCAGAGAACCAGCGGAUCACGGCUGUGCGCAGAGUCUAUCAGCGGGGCUGCGUCAACCCCAUGAUCAACAUCGAGCAGCUCUGGAGAGACUACAGCAAGUAUGAGGAGGGCAUCAACGUGCACCUUGCCAAGAAGAUGAUCGAGGAUCGCAGCAGAGAUUACAUGAACGCCAGGAGAGUUGCCAAGGAGUACGAGACGGUGAUGAAGGGCCUGGAUAGGAACGCCCCCUCGGUGCCCCCUCAGAACUCCCCCCAGGAGGCCCAGCAGGUGGAGAUGUGGAAGAGGUACAUCCAGUGGGAGAAGAGUAACCCCCUUCGCACCGAAGACCAGACCCUCAUCACCAAGAGAGUGAUGUUUGCCUAUGAGCAGUGCCUGCUGGUGCUGGGACACCACCCUGAUGUGUGGUACGAGGCAGCACAGUACCUGGAGCAGUCCAGCAAACUCCUGGCAGAGAAAGGGGACAUGAACAACGCCAAGCUGUUCAGCGACGAGGCGGCUAACAUCUACGAGCGCGCCAUCGGCACACUGCUGAAGAAGAACAUGCUGCUGUACUUUGCCUUCGCUGAUUAUGAGGAGAGUCGCAUGAAGCACGAGAAGGUCCACAGUAUCUAUAACCGCCUGCUGACCAUCGAGGACAUCGACCCCACGCUGGUCUACAUCCAGUACAUGAAGUUCGCCCGGCGGGCGGAGGGCAUCAAGUCAGGCCGCACCAUCUUCAAGAAGGCCAGAGAGGACCUGCGCACACGACACCACGUCUACGUUACCGCAGCACUCAUGGAGUACUACUGCAGCAAGGAUAAAUCGGUGGCCUUUAAGAUAUUUGAACUCGGCUUGAAGAAAUAUGGAGACAUUCCAGAGUAUAUCCUUGCAUACAUCGAUUACCUCUCACACCUUAACGAGGACAACAACACCAGGGUUCUGUUCGAGAGGGUCCUGACCUCUGGAAGUCUCUCACCAGAGAAAUCAGGGGAGAUCUGGGCCCGCUUCUUGGCGUUUGAGAGCAACAUUGGCGACUUGGCCAGUAUUCUGAAGGUGGAACGCAGGCGGUUCACGGCGUUUAAGGACGAGUAUGAGGGCAAGGAGACAGCCCUCCUGGUCGACCGCUACAAGUUCAUGGACCUGUACCCCUGCUCGGCCAGCGAGCUGAAAGCCCUGGGAUACAAGGACGUGUCCCGGGCUAAGCUGGCAGCCCUGCUUCCAGAGACAGUGGUGACCCCAUCCACCCCCGCCCAGAAGGACGAAGCCGACCGAAAGCCAGAGUACCCCAAACCUGACACCAGCCAGAUGAUCCCAUACCAGCCCCGCCACCUCGCCCCUCCAGGACUCCACCCUGUGCCAGGAGGGGUGUUCCCUGUUCCUCCUGCAGCCGUCGUUCUCAUGAAGCUGCUGCCUCCACCCACCUGCUUCACGGGGCCGUUUGUGCAGGUGGAUGAGCUGAUGGAGAGCUUCAGGAGGUGCUCCCUGCCUGAGACGGUGGACGCGGCAGUGGAGCUGAUCACCGGCCGUCUGCCGGACGCCGGCGGCGAGGGGAACGGCUCCAUGGAGAACCACGCCACCGCCAAGUCCCUGAAGAGGCCAAAUGCAGACUCUGACGAGGACGAUGAGAAGGGCGCCGUGGCACCGCCUGUGCACGACAUCUACCGCGCCCGGCAGCAGAAGAGGAUCCGGUAGACGGCCGGGGACGGGAGUGUCACCGUCACGCCGUCCUGUCGCCGUGUUGCCGGGGCAAACUGACACAUCUUUAAGUUUCAGAAGAGUGAAUUUGUCAAGAAGGUCUAGUCUGUGUUGGGCCUUUUACACACACGCACACACACACAACCUGUGAUUUUUGUGUUUUUGUUAUUUGUUUUUUUAACAGUUUUAUUUUUUAAAACUGGAUGCUAUACUGUACAAAGUUUUUAAUUCAACCCUUGAUUUGACACGAGUUGAGUUUAGGGCCAAGAGGUGCUCACUGGACGACGUUGUGAAUCUGCCUGUUUUUUCUAGCGAAGAGGGGAGAAUUCAUUUCCUUACAAUAAAAAGGGGAGACGAAACAAAA